UAGUUAAAAUAAGAGGAAACGCACGCCACAUCCAAUAAAAGAACCGGAGGUGCAUCCGUCUUUGAUGGAUUUCAAAAGACAACAUUCGAAAAUCUGAAAUCCAAACUUCAUCUUCUUCUUUCUUGAGCUAAGGCCUUGAUUUAACCCCAAGUUUGAUACCAAAAGUACUGUGGGAUUAUUGAAGGAGUGUUGAUAUGGCUUCAUCUAUGCUCUAUUCUGCAAAUAUACCCUUGAGCGUGCCACGAUCACUCAGAGUGAGGGCAAGUAAUACGAAUGAUAAUGUACCUAUGAAGAAGAUGGGAAUGAGUGAUGAGGAGUGUGAAGCUGCGGUGGUUGCAGGGAAUAUCCCGGAGGCACCCCCGGCGCCCUCCAAGCCAGCUGCUCCAGCUGGCACCCCGGUGGUGCCUUCACUUGCGGAGUGUUGUUGCUGUGACAUUUCUGAGAUAAUGAGAAAGGGUGAUAAUGCGUCUAUUAGUCGUCGCCCUCGUCGGAAUCGUAGGUCACCUGCUCUGAGGGCCGCUUUCCAAGAAACAAGUUUAAGCCCUGCAAAUUUGGUAUAUCCACUUUUCAUUCACGAAGGUGAAGAGGACACACCAAUUGGGGCAAUGCCUGGAUGUUAUAGGCUUGGUUGGAGGCAUGGACUCGUAGAAGAGGUCACUAAGGCUCGGGAUGUCGGUGUUAAUAGCAUUGUGCUAUUUCCGAAAGUUCCAGACGCUUUAAAGACCUCUACAGGGGAUGAAGCUUACAAUGAAAAUGGAUUAGUGCCUCAAACAAUACGGCUGCUAAAAGACAAGUACCCUGAUCUUAUUAUCUACACUGAUGUUGCAUUAGAUCCAUAUUCUUCUGAUGGGCAUGAUGGUAUCGUCAGAGAAGAUGGAGUUAUAAUGAAUGAUGAAACUGUGCAUCAAUUGUGUAAGCAGGCAGUCGCCCAGGCCAGAGCAGGGGCCGAUAUUGUCAGCCCCAGUGACAUGAUGGAUGGCCGUGUAGGUGCAAUUCGAGCAGCUCUUGAUGCUGAUGGCUUUCAGCAUGUUUCUAUUAUGUCCUACACUGCAAAGUAUGCAAGUUCAUUCUAUGGUCCUUUCCGAGAAGCAUUAGACUCAAAUCCACGUUUUGGUGACAAGAAAACGUAUCAGAUGAAUCCUGCUAAUUAUAGAGAAGCUCUGGUUGAAACCCGUGAGGACGAGUCUGAAGGAGCCGAUAUCCUUCUGGUUAAACCAGGUCUGCCUUACUUGGAUAUAAUAAGGCUUUUGCGAGAUAACUCUCCUCUACCCAUAGCUGCAUAUCAGGUUUCUGGAGAGUACUCGAUGAUUAAAGCUGGCGGUGUACUGAAAAUGAUUGAUGAAGAGAGGGUCAUGACGGAGUCGCUGAUGUGUCUGAGACGAGCUGGUGCUGAUAUCAUCCUCACGUAUUUUGCUCUGCAAGCUGCUCGAUGCUUAUGCGGAGAGAAGAGGUAAAAUGUACGUGAUAGAAUGGAAGUUCAUUUUUGUGCGUAGGAUUGUCUGUUGUACGUCUAUAAUUAUGUUCUUCGACUGAGAAAUACACUAAUAAUUGAAUAAAUGCUCGAAUUUUUCA